AUGUAUGUGCAGGUCAGGAAUUCGGUUGCCAAUGCGACUGAAGCCCUCAAGCAGGAAGGACUCGACGCUCUAGAGGACGUCACGGUGCUUCGGGGACGCCCAGCCGGACAUCGCGACCUCAAGCCCUCACCGGACGGCCUACAUUUUGAACGCGUCACACUGGAAGCCCUGCUUCGGCCCGAGUUCGCGACAAUGCCAGAGGAAGAUCAAGCAGCGUACAUUUACUGCAUGGCCUCGCCAUNGUCCUGCCUGCUUGAGGGCUUCACUCGCAUUGGCAACCGACGUCUUGGCCACGCGCCCACNGCCCUCAAGCAGGAAGGACUCGACGCUCUAGAGGACGUCACGGUGCUUCGGGGACGCCCAGCCGGACAUCGCGACCUCAAGCCCUCACCGGACGGCCUACAUUUUGAACGCGUCACACUGGAAGCCCUGCUUCGGCCCGAGUUCGCGACAAUGCCAGAGGAAGAUCAAGCAGCGUACAUUUACUGCAUGGCCUCGCCAUGCGUUCAAAAUGUAGGCCGUCCGGUGAGGGCUUGA